CCAGCGUAGAAAUGUCGAACCGCGUCACGGUGGGCUCGAAGAAGCUCAGCUUGGAAGAGUUCAGCUCCGUUGCGUUCGUCGGCGCUAAGGUCGCUCUGGAACCCUUGGCUGUUGUGGACUUGCACAAGGAUGACGCUGCCCGCGUGGUUGCGUUGCCGUCUGCUUCGUCACCAGGUGACGGGCCUUUCUUGUCACCCGCACUCGGACGCGCCUUCGUGCUGUCGCGUGUGAACUUCAUUGUCAAACACACAUUGCUUCGCUCGAACGCCAUCCUUGAAACCUUGGACUUUCUUGUUGCGCUCCUCAACGCCGACCUCAUUCCUCAAUUCCCCGCCCCCACGACGAAACUCGUCGACGUCGACGCGGCUUCCAUUGCACUAUUGGAUGCCUUGAAGGGCCAUGGCAAGGCUACGCUUAAGUCCAAGAACGUAGUGUCUUUAUCCGAAGGUCUUGCCUCUGUCGGACUCUCCUUGCCGGUUGCCCUGAGUUCCAUUGAACAAGCGACGUUGACGCAAGGCGGCGGGUCGUUGCAAGCAGUUGUCGCCUCCAUCGUCAGCGGCGCCAAGGGUCUCACGCCCAUCUCCGAUGCUGUGGCAGCCCUCACCUGCGAAGCACUUCAAGCGUCCCCUUCGCCGUUCCAGGAAGCCCACGACAGCACCCGCCCCCACCGCGGCAUGCUCACCGUCGCCACCCAUCUUCGAGUCAUGCUCGACAACUCCAAGUACGCCGUGGCUUCUGACAAGGUGGACUCGUUGGUCAUCCGGUCCAUCCCACAGUACCAUGGCCCUGCUCGGGACGCCAUUGCCGCCGCCGCUAAAGUCGUGGAAACUGACUUGAACGCCACCGGGAGUGCGCUCGGCCUGUCGUCGUUCCAUCCAGAAUUGCUCAAACAGUCGCUGUUGUCGCUCCACAGCGCCGUCGAGGCGCUCUUCGACGGGUCGCGGGGCCGCGUGGCACUUCUGCCGACCUCUUCUGCUGCGGCGGCGGUCGCCGUCGAAUCGUUGGCUUCUCCAGCGGCCACAUUUGCCUUGGUCGAAGCGACGACGACCCAGCUGACGGGAGAAGUUCGUGCAGCCAAGUCCAUUUUGGCCGCGCAGGAAGCCUCGCAAGGCGGAGGUGGCGUCAAGGGCGUCGACUCUGCCAAGGCGGCCGAAGUCGCGGCCAAGCAGGCUGCCGCCGAAGCUAAAGAGGACGAGGCGCUGGCGGCCAUGAGCGAAGCGCAGCGCGCCAAGGUGCUGGAAAAGCGACGAUUAAAGGCCGACAAGCUCAAGGAAAAGGCAGCCAAGAAGGCGGCCAAGGACAGUUUGGGCGCCGGCGUCGGCAGCUCGGCGUUCCGGGCGUUUUUGACGGCGUCGCAGGACUACCUAAACCCGUUCGACUUUCGCGUGCAGGGUGCGGUGGUGUUUCUCGAGGACUUGUUUGCCAAGUUGAGUGGGCUGAGCGGCGGUGAGAAGCGUCGCCCUAAGAUCGCCAAGGGCGCACAAGACUUUUUGCCGCCGCAAAUGCACCUGCGUGAGCAAAUCUUCCACAAGGUCCGCGCCGUAUUCAAGCGCCACGGCGGCGUCGAGAUUGAAACGCCCGUGUUUGAACUCAAGGAAACGCUCACGGGCAAGUACGGCGAAGACUCCAAGCUCAUCUACGACUUGGCCGACCAAGGGGGCGAGCUCCUCGCGCUGCGGUACGACCUCACAGUUCCGUUUGCGCGCUUUAUGGCGCUGCAUAACCCUGGGAACAUGAAGCGCUACGCCAUCGCCCGCGUGUACCGCCGCGAUAACCCGCAGAUUGCCCGCGGUCGGUUCCGCGAGUUCUACCAGUGCGAUUUUGACAUUGCGGGCGUAUACCCGACGAUGCUCGCGGACGCCGAAGUCAUCUCAAUCGGGAUCGAAGUGCUGCAGCAGUUCCCCGAGCUCGGCCCGUUCAAGAUCAAGCUGAGCCACCGCAAGUUGCUCGAUGCAAUUCUCGAACUCUGCGGCGUGCCAGCCGACAAACUGCGCACGACGUGCAGUGCCAUCGACAAACUGGACAAGGAGCCAUGGGACGUUGUCCGCGCCGAAAUGGUCGACGAGAAGGACAUCGCGCCCGAAGUCGCCGACCGCAUCCAGGGAUUUGUGACGCAAGUGGGCAGUCCCAAGGCCCUGUAUGCGCAACUGAUUGCCGACAAGCGCUUUGGCGACCACCCCGCCGCCGCCGAAGCCAUGAAAGAGCUCGGCCUGCUCUGGUCAUACCUGGAAGCCAUGGGGGUGCUGGACUACGUGUCGUUCGACCUGUCGCUGGCCCGGGGCCUCGACUACUACACCGGCCUCAUCUACGAGUUCGUGCUCACGGGCGAAUCCGCGACGCAAGUGGGGUCGAUCGCCGCGGGGGGGCGCUACGACAACUUGGUGGGUAUGUUUUCCGCCACGAACGCGCAGAUCCCGUGCAUUGGCGUGAGUUUGGGCAUCGAGCGCAUCUUUGGCAUGCUCCAAAAGCACGCCGAGCAACGCGACGGCCUCCGCACGCCCGUAUCUCAAGUACUCGUCACGCAAACGUCGGCGGGGCUGCUCGUCCCGCGCCUCGAAGUGUGCCAGCAACUGUGGGCCGCGCACAUCGCCGCCGAGAUUUUGCCGUCGGAAAACCCCAAGUUUGUCAAGCAGCUCCAACAUGCGCUGGACGCUGGCAUCCCGUACAUUGUCGUGCUGGGCGAAGACGAACGGGCCAACCACCAAGUCAAGGUCAAGGUCCUCGCGACCAAGGAAGAGGUGACGAUCGACGAAAAGGACUUGGUCCAGACGCUCCACAGCUUUGGCGUGGCCACCACGAACGUCGUGCGUUGGGAUUAGGAGGCUCGUGAAGUCAAAACGACGAGGCUGUUUGUGUGUGUUUUGAAGGGGACGGAUGGACAGUACUGCUAAAGUUGUACUUGAGUACGAGUUGCCAUCGACUGCACGAAUCAACUGUUAGGUUAUAGCGAAAUGCUUGGGGGCUAGCUACUACUAUGAUCUGGUAGUGCAAUAUUGUAACGUUAGCCCAGAAGUAGACGUUGGAGAACUGCAUAUACGUACUAGUAUAGAUAGAACAAACCUUACCGAACUGCAUAUAUAUACACUACAUAUAUUGUCGA